UAUCAAAUCAGAGCGCUUGUGGGAAUUUGUUUUUAGCAUGGUUUUAGUCACUUAUGAAGCUCUUAUCGACAAAAAGGAAGAAAUUUAACAAAAUAUGUCCUUGUUUUCUAUAUUUUUAAAGUUUUGGUGAUCAACCUGUAUUUUUUCGUUUAUUUGGUGUUAAUCUGAUUUAUUUGGUGUCAUGCCGGUGCACCGUGACCGGGAGAAGAAGGAGAACACAGCUGAGGAGAUGGAGGCGGAGGACCAGGAGCAAGAAGCAUCAAGUUUAGAUGAGGAGGAUUCUGACAGCUUCUCUGUAUCUGACGAUGGAGACAGCUCUGAAAUGGACGAGGAGGACUGUGAAAGGAGAAGAGUUGAGUGUCUGAACGAAAUGUCUAACCUGGAAAAGCAGUUCACUGAUCUCAAAGACCAGUUGUACCGAGAGCGACUCAAUCAGGUGAACAGUAAGCUUGCAGAGGUUGAGGCCGGGCGGGCAACAGAAUACCUCGAUCCCCUGGAAGUGUUGCGAGAGAACAUGCAAGUUCGCACCAAGGUGGCAGGUAUCUACAGGCAGUUGUGUCUCGAGUCUGUGAAGAAUAAGUAUGACUGUGAGAUCCAGGCAGCUUGCCAACACUGGGAGAGUGAGAAACUGCUGUUGUUCGAUACGGUUCACAGUGAACUGGAGGAAAAAAUACGACGUCUGGAGGAGGAUAGACACAGCAUAGACAUUACAUCAGAGCUGUGGAAUGAUGAGUUGUCGGGAAGGAAGAAGAGGCGAGAUGUUUUAAUUCCAGAUAAGAAGCGGAGACGACCUUCGGUGGUGUCAGGUCCAUAUAUUGUCUAUAUGCUUCCUGAUCUGGACAUUCUAGAGGACUGGACAAAUAUACGAAAGGCCGUGGCCACAUUGGGCCCCCACAGGGGAAGGAGCAAUUCUGAGAGCUCUGUGUUUCCAUUCAGAUCUGAAAGAAAAAGGCCAAUUCUCAACUGCUGAGACAGCCAGGAGGAAGCCAUCAAACAAAGCACAGGAAGACCGUGAACACGCAUUUACAUGCAAACAAGCAUUAAAAACGUAACAGUCUGGAACUCUUCGCUGUCAUCAACAGCCUCAGAUCUUUGAGUGAACAGUAAGACUGGCAGGUUUGAACAUAAACAGAAGCAGUUUUGAUCCCCUCAGACAGACAUAGCUGCUUACGUUUAAACUCAGGCUCUCUGGGAUUUGUUCAGUCAAUUCAGAAUCAACAAAAAAAGUUUAGUGUCGCAUUUGCCACCUUUUGCAACUUUUUUUGUCAACUUUACCUCAAAUUUAGCUUUUUUCAGGGGUUAAGACCAUCAUAGAAGAUUCACAGAUUUUUUCUGAUUUAACAAACUAGUUGAUUCAUUUAAAAAAACAAAAAGAACUCAAUGUUCUUGUUUAGAAAUUAGAUUUAGUAAAAGUAACAAUUUCUUUUUUUUAAACCAGUUUUUAAACGUAUCAAAAUUCUAUUAAGCAACUUUUUAUUUUUUCUUAAUUUUUCCUGGUAUCUUAGAAGGUAAGCAAAUGUUGAUAAGUAACGUUUUCUGACCUAAACGUAACUAUGGACCUUUUUUGAGUCAUAAUUCAAAGUAAUAUGCAAUUAUCAAUUCUUAAUUCAAUUUGCAAUUUGACCAAAUUGGUCAUAUUGAAUUGUAAUUUUUUUUUUAAUAUUGAAUUCUAAAUUGCAAACUGUAUUUUUUUAUAUUCCAAGCCUGAAUUGCAAAUUAAAUUGUCAAUUGCAAAAUGUAUUGUCACUUGAGAACUGCAUAUUACUUUGAAUUUUGACUCAAAAAAACUUCCAUAGGUAGCAGAUGAGUUAACUCUGGGGUUGGUUUAUUGUGCCAUAAUAUGUUUUGAUUGUUUAAACAUUUCUGUAAGUUUAUGAAAAUGUUAAUUAUUUAGAUUGUUAAUUAGUGAUUAUAUGCCUAUCUUUUUAUUGGAAAAAACAUUGUAAUUUUUGGGCAAAAAUUACCAUUUUCUUUAGCAUUCUGUGGGUUCAAAUUAGUAUUUUGUGCAAACAAAUUACUGCGUUGCAUGAACAAACUAGUAUUAUGUGUCCGCAAAAUGCUAAUACAAUUCCAACUUAUGGCUACAAUAUAGUAUUGUUAACUUGUUUGCACAAAAUUCAAAAUCAUGGCAACAAAUUGUUAAUUUGAGGGAACAUUUUUUUAUUUUCUUUUUUUUAUUCUUAUGUUCUGGGCUCCGUACACGUGAUGCAGUGAAAUGCAAUACUAUUCCUGAUCUACCUCCUCUUUCUGUAACAUCGACUUAUGUGGCACCAUAUUAUUAUGGAUGGAUCACCUUUUAUGCUUCCGUGUCAAUGACUUCAUCAUUUAGUCAGUGUUUGGACUUGUUACUCUAGGGUUGGAAGCUUAAUUGUUAUUUUUGACAGUUAGUGUACAUUUUUUUUCUGAUAAGGUUUUCGUUUCUUGUUUAAAAGUUGUGUUACAAAUCCUUGUAGUGUGUGUGUUAUUAGAGUAGGCUAAUGGAAACGCAGAGUUUGACAAUGACUCAAAUAGGCAGAAAUCAACCGUCUGUGCUUCAGGACCUGCAUUUUCUGCAUCUCUGCUGGUGAUGAACUCAUUCACAGAAAUCAACAGCUAUUCGAUAUGAUCUAAAACUAAGUAGUCAGGAGCUUUAAGGUUUAACCACCAGACCUGCUGGGAGAAAUCUAUAAAGGAUCCCAAUAAAAGCCUUCACAGAA